UACCCACCCCACACCUCCCCUCACUCCCCAGUAUCGUACGACAGUGACCUAGUUCAGUUCGAGUGGUGUGAGAGUUGGGCCCACGCGAGUAGUAAGCUAGACCAUGACAUCUUCUCUCUUCCACACUUCACUCUGGCCAAGUACGAGCAUGUGGCCUGUAACGGAGAAUACCCGUGUGUGAAAGCCGUGUUUGUGCUGGUCCGUCACCCAGAUUUUCACAUCCUUCACACCUACGUGCCUACCGUCCUCAUCGUUAUCCUCUCCUGGAUGUCCUUCUGGAUAGCCCCGGAUGCCACGCCAGCUCGCGUGACGCUAGGAGUGACCUCCAUCUUAACUAUGGCUACCCAGUACUCCCAGUCCACCAAAAACUUGCCCCCAGUGUCAUACAUCAAGUCCCUGGAUAUAUGGAUGAUCACGUGUAUGGUGUAUGUGUUCGCCGCCCUGCUUGAGUUCGCCAUCGUCUACCACGUCCACUACCGCCGCACCAUCAGUACGGUUCGUGGCCUCAUCACCCCGACAUCCACUACCAACGGCUCCUCCCAGGUCACACAGGGCCUGGGACUAGCGGUGCCCCGGCUACAGCGGUGGCAGGAGGCAUGGCUGGAGUUCUGGCGGGGGGACACAGCCAUCGACGAGGCGUCAAGGGUCCUCUUCCCUCUCACUUACUUCUCCUUCGUCAUCGGUUACUUUGUGCUCCUGACGGGAUCUCAGGAGAAAGGUUUCCUCUCCCGAGGAAAUUCAACUUAGUGACCAUCAGGUCACAGUGGCAGGGACCAUUGUUGUACCACUUUGCACAGUCACCCUCAGGUCACAGCCCACAGCGGCAGGGACUACUGUACUCUCAUAACACAAUCACCCACAGGUCACUACACAGUCACCCACAGGUGUGAGGUCACAGUGGCAGGGAAGACUCCUGACUCACAAACAUUAUAAGGGGGUAAAACACAUCCCUUUAUAUUUAUGCUAAAAUACUAAAUAAAAUAAAAGGAUAAUGAAAUAGAAAAUAUUCACUAUAUAAUGUGUACAAUCUACAGUAAAUGUUCGUCACAAUACAGUAAUAAAGUGACAGAUUUAUAAUGUAUGUACUGAACGAACCUUAAGUAACAAAUAAUGUUUAUAGUACUGUACCUGUAAGUGUAUCUGGUGAUGAGCUGCCACCACCACGUCCCCUGUUGUGUUGUUGUAUAAACUCAGGUAUCGACGGCUGUACCAUCUGGACCUGAAUGUUCUUUACAUUUCCACUUGUAGAGGAACAAACACUGACAAAUAUGGCUGUUAAUUUACUGAUACGACAGAAUAACUCACUUAAGAACCACCAACCAGCCAGCUCACUUGGAAAAAAUUGUAAUGCAUAUAAUAGGUUAGGUUAGGAUGUGUUAGAAUACCAUGUGUUAGGUUUGGUUGGGUUAGGUUAGGUUAGGUUAGGUUGAUAGGUCAGUUCCCUGCUAUAACAGCCAUAUUCAGGGUGAUUUGUGGAGUGAUGCUCUGACCUCGGAUAACUGUUUAUUUGUCAUUGAAGAAGGUUUGGUGUAAAAAAAAAAAAGAUUCUGCUUAAUGCAACAUGGUUUGAAACAACACACACACACACACACACACACACACACACACACACACACACACACACCUACCUCUGCUUCCUAAGUGUUAAAUUUCUUCCCUUUGUAGAACCAUUUUUAUAUCUUUCUCUUCCUCAUCAAACUCCAUCUACUCCUUCAGUACUCACUCUUCUCUCCUAUCUCCUUAUUUCUGUAUUUCUUAUCCCCUCUAUCUUAUUUACCUCACAUAUUCCCCUCAAGCAUGUCAUAAAACAGUAUAUAUAUAUAAUGGAUUGUAGAAGUGUGUAGUUAACCGUAUAUUAACUCUUGUUUGUGUAUUAUAAUCAGUAUCAUCACAUAUUACAUCACUAAUAUAUAU